UUGAUGCAGCUCGUUUAAACGAAGUCUGUCUGAUUGUUUUGUGGUCAGUAUAUUUCAGAAAAAUGGACAAUUCUGGCAAAGAGAAGGAGGCAAUUCAGCUUAUGGCUGAGGCUGACAAGAAAGUGAAGUCCUCUGGCUCGUUCCUUGGAGGAAUGUUUGGGGGAAAUCACAAAGUGGAGGAAGCUUGUGAGAUGUACGCCAGAGCAGCCAACAUGUUCAAGAUGGCCAAGAACUGGAAUGGUAAACCCCCGUCUGCAGGGAAGGCUUUCUGCCAGUCUGCCAGACUUCACAUGCAACUCCAGAACAAACACGACUCAGCCACCAGCUUCGUGGAUGCGGGCAACGCCUUCAAGAAGGCUGACCCUCAAGAGGCUAUCAACUGCUUAAAUGCAGCCAUCGAUAUUUAUACAGAUAUGGGGAGGUUUACAAUUGCAGCAAAACACCACAUCACAAUCGCGGAGGUCUACGAAUCAGAGCUAGUGGACAUUGAAAAGGCGAUUGCACAUUACGAACAGGCUGCAGAUUAUUACAAAGGAGAGGAGUCCAACAGCUCAGCCAACAAAUGUCUGCUGAAGGUGGCCUCAUACAGUGCUCAACUGGAGCAGUACCAGAAGGCAAUAGAGAUCUAUGAGCAGGUUGGAAUCAGCACCAUGGACAAUCCUUUACUGAAAUACAGUGCUAAAGAAUAUUUCUUUAAAGCCUCUCUGUGUCACUUCAUCGUAGAUGAACUCAAUGCUAAGCUUGCUGUGGAGAAAUAUGAGGAGAUGUUCCCGGCGUUCUCAGAUUCCAGAGAGUGCAAACUUCUCAAGAAACUUCUGGAAGCUCACGAGGAGCAGAAUGCAGACGCCUUCACAGAAGCAGUGAAGGAGUUUGACUCCAUCUCCCGACUGGACCAGUGGCUAACCACCAUGCUGCUUCGCAUUAAGAAAACCAUCCAGGGAGAUGCUGGGGACCUUAAGUGAGACAGAAGGUGGCGAGACACCCCCUCCUCGGCAUGCCACCCCGCUCCCCACCCCUCAACGUUCUAUAGCGGUUUUUUGUGCAAUGGCCAAUUACAAGUUUCCCAAAACAGUAUGUAUCAGUUUAUGAUUGCUGCAACAUUUCUAGACACUAAAUACAAAAAUAUAUUCCUUGAAUUUCCAGAUCUAUUUAUUAUUUUAGUGCUACAGUAUCAUGGUGAAACCUGUUCGGGGGUCUUGUGAAAUUUGUGUGGUUCGGUGUGUAGAAAGCUAAGGUUAUCGCAAGUUCCCCACAGGUUAAGAAUGAGUUAUGUUUGUUUAAUCACAGGAAUAUGGAGUAUUAGCACUGCAUGUGUGUGUACAGAUAUCAUUAUGCAGUCUGAGGAGCAGACAUAUACAAUCUGUCUUUUAUUUAGAAGCAGAUAUUUGCUUAUUUUUUUUUAUUUACUCUUUAUCGUUUCUUUUAGUUUAGAUCUUGUUGAUCCAUGGUUUGUGUAGGGGUCUCACAGUAUUGGGGAGAAAAGAACAAGGUACGUCAUGGAGAAAGAAAAGUGUUCCUAUUCAAAGGAAUAAAUUAAACUCGUGUUUGUAUACAGUCUGCAGAUCUGCAAAAAAAAAAAAAAAAAACAACUUUACAGUUAAAUUCUACAGAAUGUGUUUCUUAAAAAGUUUUGAAAAGAUACGCGUUUUAAGCAUCGAAUGGCAUCUUAAUGGAAUGUAAUUUCUUCAGACCUAUUUUUACAAGAUGUUCUUCAAACCCUUACAGUUUUUUUUUCCCUUUUUUUUUUGUAUUCACUUCAUGAGAUUUUUUAGUUCAUUUCACUCCUAUUGUAUGACUCAUUGUCUUUGCUUGCAGAAAGAUUGACAAAUUCCUCUUUGAAGUAUUUAUACGCAACUCGCAGAAAAUGUUUUGUCAGCACACUUCAAAACUACAGUUUCUGAAAACCCUGCGUUUGCCUGUCAAUGUGGUCUGUGUGUGUAGUGCCGUACUGCAUCACUUGUGUUGCAUUUAACAUGGUACCCUCCUUUUUGUGGUAUUUAGUGACGCAUGUGUCAUCCUUUGUGUAUUGGUGUUGUGUGAGAUCAGUAUUGCGUAUCACUGUAAUGGGGUUUUUAAGAUGCUAUCAUGAGGAAUAAUCUACUUUAUCAAGGAUUUUUCUGAUGGAAUAGAGCAGAUCUCUUUAUCAAAUGUCCAUGUGAAUGUACAGUAAUAAAAAUCAAUACCAAAAAA